UAUAAUCUUACAAAUUUUAAGUACAAAAUUAAUGGUCACCGGGCGAGACGGGGAACAUUAGCUAGGUCCUCUCAUACCCCCGAGUUUCCUAAUUCCUUCUACCGAUUCUCGCUUCUUGCUCUCUGAUUGGAUCAGUCAUGGCAGACGAGAUUGAACUGAAAACAGUCCCUGUGGAUAUUAGAUUCCCUGCAACGAAUCAGACAAGACAUUGUUUCACGCGCUAUGUUGAGUUCCAUAGGUGUGUGGCAGCCAAAGGUGAAGAUUUUAAUGAAUGUGAAAAAUUUGCCAAAUAUUAUCGGUCACUCUGUCCUGGUGAAUGGGUUGAUAAGUGGAACGAGCAGAGGGAAAAUGGAACUUUUGCUGGUCCCCUGUGAUCCCUUUCCAAGGAUUGUUUGACCUUUCACAAGUGUGGGAAGUUCAUCUUUCUCUGUUUUAUUCUGGUUUACGUUGAAUUUUUUUCAGUUAAUAAAGAACCAGUGAGGAUUUAUGGCAGUAUUGAUACUUGAAUUUUGUGCAAAAAGUCGAUUGAGAACUUGAACGAAAGCUUAGCAAAAAUUUUUUA